GCAGUUCGUCAAUUAAUAGUUAUUUUUAUUGAGGUUAGGUUUGUCAUCAGGAAACUCAACAAUUUUUGUGGAUUUUUCAAAGUACACGUGGAUUUGUAAUGCAAUCCGUUUUUUAGCUGGUCUUAACUACAGGAUUUUAAAAUGACUGCAAAUUUGGACCGCAAAGGAACAUUUAAGGUUGAAUAUCUACAAAAGAUAGAACAGGAUGUUCAAGAACGAUGGGAACGGGAAAAGAUUUAUGAAGAAGAUGCUCCUGCAGAACCUAGAAAGACUGUGGAUGAAAAAUUUUUCACGACAUUUCCAUUCCCCUACAUGAAUGGCAGGCUUCAUCUGGGGCAUACAUUUUCUUUGUCCAAGUGUGAGUUUGCAGUUCGUUACCAACGUCUCAAAGGUAAACGGGUACUAUUUCCAUUUGGGUUUCACUGCACGGGAAUGCCCAUCAAGGCCUGUGCCGACAAGCUGACUCGUGAAAUGGAAACUUAUGGCUUCCCUCCAAAGUUUCCAUCAGAUGAGCCUCAGACACCCACAGAGACAGUAAAUGAGUUGGUUAUCAAAGAUAAGAGCAAAGGAAAGAAGAGCAAAGCUGUUGCAAAGGCUGGUUCAGCCAAGUAUCAGUGGCAGAUUAUGCAGAGUUUAGGGUUGGCUGAUGAUGAAAUAAAAUUGUUUGCUAAUUCCUUACAUUGGCUUGAUCAUUUUCCUCCUCUGGCUGUCAAAGACUUACUCAGCAUUGGAAUUCAUGUUGAUUGGAGGCGGACUUUUAUUACAACGGACGCCAACCCAUUCUUCGACAGUUUUGUUCGGUGGCAGUUCUUAAGACUACGGGAUAAAUCGAAGAUAAAAUAUGGAAAGCGCUACACUGUGUUCUCGCCCAGAGACAAUCAGCCUUGCAUGGAUCACGACCGAGCCUCUGGAGAGGGUGUGGGACCACAAGAGUACACUCUUAUCAAGAUGAAACUGCUCGAGCCUUACCCGGAAAAACUCAAGUCACUUACAGGACAGCCGGUGUUCCUGGUUGCUGCCACUCUCCGGCCAGAGACCAUGUAUGGCCAGACCAACUGUUGGCUACACCCGGACAUCCGCUAUGCCGUAUUUCUCACUGUAGACAAGGAAGUGUUUGUAUGUACUGAGCGUUCAGCACGCAACAUGGCUUAUCAGGGCUUCACGCCAGAUGACGGUGUGCUUGAAGUCAUGUUCUACAUAACUGGCCAGGAAAUCAUGGGCUGUGGACUCCAAGCACCCAAUUCCCCACAUCCAAUCAUCUAUACACUACCGAUGUUAUCUAUCAGGGAAGAUAAAGGGACAGGGGUGGUAACUAGUGUCCCCUCGGACUCUCCCGAUGACUAUGCUGCUCUAAUGGACCUCAAGAAAAAACCACCGUUCCGUCAGAAAUAUGGUAUUACAGAUGAAAUGGUUCUGCCUUACGGCCCAAUUCCUAUCAUUGAUGUCCCAGAUUUUGGAACUCUCAGUGCGGUAACAGUGUAUGAUAAAUUGAAGAUCCAGAGCCAAAACGACAAAGAAAAAUUACAGGAAGCAAAAGAGCUUGUCUAUCUAAAGAGCUUCUAUGAUGGGGUGUUACGAGCAGGGAAAUAUAGUGGAAAGAAAGUACAAGAUGCCAAAAAAACUAUUCAAAAAGAGCUUAUAGACAGCAAUGAAGCUUUGAUCUACUAUGAACCGGAGAAACAGAUUAUUUCCAGGUCGGGAGAUGAGUGUGUGGUGGCUCUAUGUAACCAGUGGUAUCUGGACUAUGGAGAGUCUACAUGGAAGGCUAAGGCUGAACAGUGUCUGGAGAACAUGAACACUUAUCAUGAAGAGGUGCGUAAGAACUUCCGAGCCUGUCUCAACUGGCUCCAUGAGUACGCUUGUUCCCGAACUUAUGGACUGGGUACUAAAUUACCUUGGGAUGAACAGUGGCUAAUAGAAUCUCUGUCUGACUCUACCAUAUACAAUGCAUACUAUACCGUAGCACAUCUACUGCAAGGAGGCACCUUCAAAGGCGAAAAUGGCAACAAAUUGAACAUCAAGGCUGAAGAGCUGACUCCAGAAGUGUGGGACUACAUAUUUCUUGCAGAUGCUUCAUUUCCCAAAAAAACUAAAAUCAAGCGUGAAAGUCUCGAUCUUAUGAGGAGAGAGUUUCAGUACUGGUACCCUGUGGAUCUGCGGUGUUCUGGCAAAGAUCUAAUACAGAACCACCUGACAUUUUUCAUCUACGUCCACUGUGCCAUAUGGGAAAAUCAGGAGGAUAUGUGGCCUCGAGGCAUCAGAGCCAACGGCCAUCUACUGCUCAACUCUGCCAAGAUGUCAAAGUCAGAAGGAAAUUUCCUUACCCUUACUGAUGCUGUGAAGAAAUUCAGUGCAGAUGGUAUGAGGUUGUGUUUAGCAGAUUCUGGUGAUUCGGUAGAAGAUGCAAACUUUGUUGAAAGCAUGGCUGACGCAGGUAUUCUGAGGCUAUACACAUUUAUAGAAUGGGUAAAGGAAGUAAUGAAUACUGAGAAUACUUACCGUAAUGGACAAGCCACAUCAUUCAAUGACCUGGUUUUCCAGAGUGAAAUGAAUCUGAAGUUGCGAGAGACUGAUGACAACUACACCAAGAUGUUGUUCAAGGAGGCACUACGUACGGGUUUCUUUGAGAUGCAAGCCGUUAGAGACAAAUACCGAGAGCUGUCUCAGGUCAGCGGUGGCAUGCAUCGUCAGCUUGUUUUGAGGUUCAUUGAACUCCAAGCUCUGAUGCUGUCUCCCAUCUGUCCCCAUGUGGCUGAACAUGUUUACUCGCUCAUUGGAAAGACAGAGAGUAUAGUGCGAGCCACCUGGCCGAUCCCAGGACCAGUGGAUGAGGCUCUGGUCCGCUCCUCGGCUUACGUCAUGGAGGCAGCUCAUUCGUUCCGGCUGCAGUUCAAAAACCAUCUAUCGGCUGGUAAGAAGGGCAAGAAGCAGUCUUCAGCUGACCAGACUAGUGAAAAACCCACACAUGCCACUAUCUGGGUAGCUAAGACCUACCCACCGUGGCAAUCCACUGUGCUCACGACCAUGAAGGAAAUGCACACGGCUAACAAAGGCAGUUUUCCGGACAACAAGGAGCUGUCUGUCACACUGUCCGCUAAGCCAGAGCUCAAAAAGUAUAUGAAGCGAGUGAUGCCGUUUGUCCAAGCCAUGAGAGAGAAAGUGGCCAAUUCUGGUAUUAAAGCUCUCAACCUCACUCUUGACUUUGAUGAGGUUGAGACAUUGACUACCAACAAAGCCUAUUUGGAGAAUACCCUUGAUUUGGAAGAGUUGAACAUUGAGCUGUCGACGAGUAGUGGAGCACCAGACAACGUGCGAGAGGACUGCUGUCCUGGGGCUCCAUUCAUUACAUUCCACGCUCCUGCGCCCAGCUUGAUCCUGGCUUUAGUGAACCCCCAGCCUCUCAGUGGCCACUUGACUCAAUGGCUGCCUGUGCGGAAUGGAGACACAGUUGCCAAGUUGGCAAAUGCUCUUGCACGGACAGACAAGACCAUCAAAGAUGUAAAUAUGGUUCAGUUUUGGAGGUGGGAAGAUCCUGAGUUGGGACCCAGGAAGAUUCCGAAUUGCAGUAUGCCUUUGGAGGGUCGAGUACUUCUUUCAAAAAGUGACACAUUAGAAGUAAACUUUAAUGAUAAAAUCAUAUUCGUCCAAAAUAAUGGUAAAUCCAUUAAAUUAGGUGAGUCUGUUACAUACAUGGUUGGAGAUAGUUGAUCAGUAACUUUGUUUGGCUACAUAUUUAUUUCAAAUCAAAAUUUCUUUGUUUUUUUUUUUUAAAUCAGCAGGUUUCAUCAAGAUGUUAAACAGGCAGCACUUGUACAAAAUUAUAUAUUUUGUUACAUGUAAAAUUAAAUAUUCAAUCUAAGUUUCAUAUUGAACUAAAUCAAUUAACUCAAAGGAUUUUAUUUAAUUUGUAAAAACAUACCAUAUGAGGUAGUAUUUUUUAUAUUGUUUGAAAUAAAUUUUUAAUAUUAUUCAAUUUAUAAUUGAGCAUGUCCAAAGUUUCUGCUUUUAAUUUAAACUUGGUGAAACAUUGCGUAUAUUUUAAUUUUCAUUAAGCCUUUAGGCAAUGUGAAACAGGGUGUAUUUGUAUUUUUUUAGGUUAAUGUUUUUGUUUAGUUGUACUUACUUUAAUAUUAAGUAAUGUAUGAUUUUCUGUUUUGUUGGUUUUACAAAGGUGCAUUAAAUAUUCAUUAGUAUUUCUGAUUUUCAUCAGAAAUAUCUCUUUUGAUUGUGUUUACAUUGAUUAUGUCAGGUACAGAACAAAAAUACAGAAGUAAUCAUCAGGCUUUUAAACAUCAUGCGGUUUGAAUCAGUAAAAUUAUAUAUUUGUAAUGUGGAGAUAUUAUCAAAAAAAGUCUGUUGUGGUGUAUUUUUAUUUAAAGUACAUUUUCUUCUAUUUUGAGGUUAUGAAAUUAUUUAUAUCUAAUAUUGUAUCGUGUAUUCUUAUCAAAGUAUAUUUUCUUCUAUCUGAGGUAAUGAGCCAUCAAAACAACAAUCUGUGAUUAUUUUGGUCUGUACAUCGACAAUAGCUUCUUUUUUUUUUAAUUUGCCUGAUGAGUUUACAUAUCAGACAGAUAUCAGGAGGAUCACCAGUUCUCAGUUUGAACAUUAUUGGUAAAAAUAAAAAGUGUUACAACCACAAAAUGGAUUUUAAGGUAAAACAUUUUCGCUAAAAGGCAACUAUUUCAAAUAGUUUAAAACCACAUGAACUUUAGCUCCAUAAAUUACCCAACAUCAUAAAAAAAUAAAUUUUUAAAAUGGGAGAUUUUGUAGGUUGUAACUAGUUUUAAUUUUAUUAAGACAUUGAUACUUUCUACUCAAAAUAAGUAUUCAUUAUUUGUUAGAAACUGUUUUGUGUUCUUUUAUAAUUGUUAAUUUAUUUAUUUAUUAUAGAUGCAUAAAUGAACUCUGUCUUUCUGUUCACUUUCUUUGCAAUGAACUGUUUUAUUAGUUGACAAAAGGUAUAAAUUAUUUGUAAAGUCUAAUAAAAUAAAAUGUGCUUGUA